UUGAAAUUGAAGAUGGCGGGAGACGGGGAUUUAAAUUUGUCUCUCAAAGAAGCGCUGUUUGAGUCUCUUAGUGCAAUUUUAAGUCCUCAACAGGACGUCAGACAGAAUGGUGAACAUCAAAUCAAAGCACUCGAGGUGACAGAAGAAUAUGGCGUGCACCUGGCAGAAUUCACUGUUGACCCUAAUGGUGCUAUGGCAGUGAGGCAGCUCUCCUCUGUCCUACUUAAGCAGUAUGUAGAAGCUCAUUGGUCGCAACAGAAUGACAAGUUCCAGGCCCCGGAGGCUAGCCCUGCUGCAAAGUCUGCAAUCCGCAACAUCCUACCAGUUGGACUGAAGGAAAGCAUCAGUAAGGUGAGAACCAGUGUUGCGUAUGCUAUAUCAGCAAUAGCUCACUGGGACUGGCCCGAAGCUUGGCCUGAACUGUUUGAUAUUCUCAUGGCUCUGCUAACCAGUGGCGACCACAAUGCAGUACAUGGAGCUAUGAGAGUGCUCACAGAGUUUUGUCGCGAGGUGACUGACACCCAGAUUUCACAGGUUGCACCUGUCAUUCUGCCAGAGAUGUACAAGAUAUUCACACAGUUUGAGAUUUUCAGUAUUAGAACGAGAGGUAGAGCAGUAGAUAUCUUCAACACAAUGGCAAAUAUGGUCUCCGCCAUGGCAGAUGUACAUAAGGGCAUAGCAAAGCAGCUUCUCUUCCCAGUUCUACCCCAGUUCACACAGGCAUUUGUAGCAGCCUUGCAAGUGCCAGAUGGCGCUACCAGCGAUAGUGGGCUCAAAAUGGAGGUCAUCAAGGCUCUCACAACUUUGGUUAAGGGAUUCCCUGGGACCAUGAUGCAAUGGAUGCAGCAGAUUCUAGCCCCAAUAUGGAAUAUACUCACCCAAAGUGUUGACAUCUAUCAACGCACAGUUGUUAAUGAUGUUGAUGAUGUUGACAACCCAGUGGAUUCAGAUGGAGAGGUGCUUGGGUUUGAGAACCUUGUGUUUGGCGUGUUUGACUUCAUACAUGCUCUCAUUGACACAAACAAAUACCGCAGUACAGUAAAGAAAGCCAUAGGGGAACUCCUGUAUUUCAUUGUGCUCUAUAUGCAAAUUACAGAAGAGCAGAUUCAAACAUGGACUGAAAAUCCCGACCAGUUUGUAGAGGAUGAAGAUGACGACACAUUUAGUUAUUCUGUUAGAAUCUCAUCACAGGAUCUCUUAUUAUCUCUUGCCAGUGAAUUCAGUAAGGAAGGGGGUCCAGCCAUAUGCCAGGCCAUAACAAGACACAUACAUGAAGCCGAGAGUGCCAAAAAUAGCGGAAAUGCAAACUGGUGGAAGAUCCACGAGGCAGCUAUGUUAACAAUGGGUAGUGUGAAGACAAUGGUAGCUGAGCAGAUACACGCUGGCACUGUACAGUUUGACAUCCACAGCUUCCUACACGAUAUCAUCCUAGCAGACUUAGACCUUCAGGUUUCCCCAUUCUUGCUGGGUCGAUGUCUCUGGACGGCUAGUAGGUUUGCUUCACUCAUGCAGCCAGAGCUGUUGCAGAGGUUCCUACAUGUUACUGUGAAAGGCCUUAAUGCAAGUCAUCCAGCAAGUGUCCGUAUAUCAGCCGUGAGAGCCAUCUAUAGUUUCUGUGAGCACUUAAAGUCAGCUGACAACCGUGGCAUACUGGUACCCUUCUUGCCCACAAUGCUAAGUGGACUGUUGGAGACUGGAGUGCAGUAUGCUGCUGAGGUCUUGGCCCUCUGUCUGGAGACCAUUGCUAUGAUUCUUUCUAUCAGCCCUGAGUUUACUGCCACUGUAGAGCAAAAGGUGGCGCCAUUUACUAUAGCAAUAUUCCUGAAGUGCAGCGGAGGAGAUGCACACAAUAUCAGUGCUAGAAAACUCAAAAACCGAAAUCCAUUGAUCGUUAGUCUCACCCAGGACAUAUUCAGUGAGUUGUCAAAGAAUGAAGGAUGUCGGGACGCGUUACUUCAGCGACUAGUUCCCACACUCACCAGCAUUCUCAAUGCCCCGAUGGCGUCCCAGACAACGCAGGGUGUACCCAUAGUUCUCCCACCUGUAGCCUUAGAUAUCUUAGAGACUUUAGUACGAAAUAGUUCAAUUCCCCUACCAGCUCUUCUUAUUACUCAAGCCUUCCCUGCUGCAAUACAAUUUAUUCUACACACUGAUGAUAACCAGUCGCUUCAAAGUGGAGGCGAUUGUAUUCGAGCAUACAUCUCAGUUGCUCUGGAACAAGUCGUCAACUGGCACGACGCAGAGAAUAAUAAUGGACUCUAUUACACUAUUCAAGUGAUCUCCAAACUUUUACAUCCAAAGACUUCUGAAUUUGCUGCUGCUUUUGUUGGUCGAUUGGUAUCAGUUUUAAUCUCAAAAAUAGGUAGUGGACUUGGUGAGAAUUUAGGUGUAAUGUUGCGAGCAGUGUUAUGUAAACUACAACAAACGGACACUUUAAGUGUAACACAGAGCUUAGUGAUGAUAUUUGCCCAUUUGGUACAUAGCCAUUUUGAUGAACUGCUAGAGUUUCUCUCCAAUGAACCUGGCCCUACCGGAAAUACUGCCUUAGAGUUUGUACUCACAGAAUGGGUCUCCAGACAGCAUCUUUUCUAUGGAGCAUAUGAGAACAAAGUCAGUACCAUAGCCCUUGCAAAGUUGCUUCUCCAUGCAAUACAGAAAAAUGACAAACGAUUCAAUGAAGAGAUUCUAGUGAAAGGGGACCCUAUUUCCUUGACAGGAAACGAAAUACGCACACGAUCCAAAGCCAGUAAAACACCAGAACAAUGGACCAGUAUACCUGUGUCAGUAAAGAUCUAUAAACUGCUCAUUAAUGAGCUGUCCACUCAGCUUGAAGAAAACUCUGGUAAUGGUGAAGAUGAUGAGUGGGAGGAGUCAGAUGAAGGCGAGGGAGAUGAUCUUGAGGAAGAAGCUGCUUUGAAUGAUCUUCUAAAGGAGUUUGCUCCCGCAUCUGCUUAUGUUGGGUUUGAUCUUAAUGAAUAUGAUGAUGAUGAGGACGAUCCUGAUACAGUUGAUGACCCAAUCAACAAAGUUAAUUUACAGACGUAUCUGACAGAGUACCUACAGGAGCUUUCUCAGCAACCAUGCUACUCACAUUUCCAGGAGAAGCAUAGUCCCCUGGAAAACCAAGUUCUCAAGCAAAUAGGCAUCAACAAUAGUUGACCUCAUUGAACAACCACUAGGUUCAAAAUUUCAUGAAUAUACAGGGUGUCCAUUCAUAAAGUCUCUACUCUUUACACAGACUUUUUAUUGGAAUUGAAAAGAGACUUUAUGGACACGCUGUAUAUCAGAUAUAGUAGGAUCACUUCAGAUAUAUAACGCUGAGGAAAGUGUGAUUUGUAUAGUUUUAUGUACUGUUGAAUUGAAUUGAAUUGAAUUGAAUUGUAUGACUGCUAAUGCUUUUUUGAGAGACAAUUAAUUGCAAUAGUGAGAUGCAUACAUGAAUGGCUUGGAUUCAUGUGUGAUAAAAUGGAUUUACUACAGAAGUAUACAUGCGUCUUAUUAAAACACCAUUGGAUAACGAAUUGGGCACAUUUAAAGGCUCUUAAUCUGGUAGUAUGAAAAGUGGGACUAAGUGUUCAAAGAGAAGUGUACUGAUUAGAGAGGUUUCUGGAUAUACAGGUUUUACUGUA